AUGCGGUGGUGGUGCCGCGGUUCGCGCGUCGGCAGGCUCUGGCUCAUUACACGGGAGGGAUCUACCCCAACUCACACGGAGCUUCGACACGAAGGUUCGUGGAAUUGCGGCUACGCCAGCGUCGUGUCGAGGAUGGGGCUGGCGCUGGAAUGGGAGAUCUUUUGCGUGGUCGCUGCAUUCAUUGCUCACUACGCGUUGGCGUUCUCUCUUCGCGGCAUCCCUCUCACCUCAUCGCGGCGAAGACUCUCACGCACGUGGCUUGCAGCACGGCAGACACACACCGACAAGAUCCCUUCAGUCAUCUGUGUGGGAGAAGUGAGUGAGUCAGUGAGUGAGUCAUUGAUUCAUCUACUGACUGUCACCGCAGUGCAUGCGCAUAUACUCACUGCGCCUUUUGGCUUGCAGGUGUUGUGGGAUUGCUUCCCUGAGGGACUCUUCCUUGGCGGUGAGAUGAAAUGGAACACGCCAAAAUGACACGACACGAACACAGAUCAUGAAUGAUCAUGGUUGUGCAUCCCGGGGUGCAGGUGCGCCAACCAACGUGGCCACGCACAGCGCUGCAUUAGGGCGUCCGGCAGCGGUGGUCUCAUGUGUCGGCGAUGACGAGCUUGGGCGGCAGGCUCUUCACCGGCUGAAGCAGCGGGAUGUUGAGUGCUUCAUCAGCUCACACGACAGCCUGCCGACGGGCACUGUCCGGGUAGAGGUGGACCACAGAGGGAUCCCCUCUUAUGACAUUAUCAAGCCCGUCGCGUGGGACGAUGUUGCUGUGGAUGAGGGGGUCAUGGCGAGGCUGUCGGCAAGCCCGCCUGACGUGUGCCUGUAUGGGUCGCUUGCGAGCCGAUCUGCCAAGACGAGACAAACGACAUACAGAAUCGCCGACACAGCCAAGAGGUGAAUGGAAUGGAAUGGAGGGCACGGCGGGGCGGGGCAGGGCGGGGCAGGGCGGCGGCAGGAGGGUUGUCCUUUGUUCUGCAGGCGGUGCUUUGAUGUGAAUCUGCGCCCCCCUUAUGACUCGAGAGUUGUGGUCCAAGAGGCUUUGGAGAAGACUGAUUGGUUGGUGAAGCUGUCUGUUGAGGAAUGGAAGACAGUGUCUGAGUGGUUUGACAUUCCUCACAGCCUACCAGAAGGUGCAUACUUGCCACACACACAGAUGCAUGGCUGCUGUUGACCACAAACAAACCGCGUGUUUCUGUGUCUGCAGGUGCCCGUCAGUUGAGUGAGAAGUUUGGCAUUGAGAGCGUCUGCAUCACCUUCGGCGAGCACGGCAGCGGCAUGUUCCGGAAAGGUGAGCACUCGAGGAAGGAGAUGGAAGGUGCAUCACCUGUGUGCUCACGUCACGUCAUGACCCCCAGGCCAAUGGAAGGAGCACAGAGGUUAUGACGUGAGCCCCUGGCUUGAGGACACUGUGGGUGCGGGUGAUGCCUUCCUCGCGACUCUGGUCGACCGCCUGCUAACACUGGAAGACACCAACCCACUUCUCUUCACCAAUGACUCGCGCGUCGAGCACAUCCUGGGAGAGGCGAACCUCGUGGCUGCGUAUGUGGCGACCAAGAGAGGGGCCACACCGAUGGUCACCCGAGAGGCACUGGAGGGAUUCCGCGAGGGGGUCAGGGCGAAUGGCCAGUCGGCGGAAGACGAUUUCAUGCUGCCAGGUGUAAGAUAUGUUGUCUGACUUUCGGCCUGCCUAUGUUGUCUUCACCUGUGGGAUAAAAGAGUGCUAUAUUUGUGAGAGGUGCAUGGGCGGGUGCCGCCCCGGGGAUCGUGCUGUGUGCGCAUUUUUUCCCAUCCUUUCCAUGCUAUACACCGUGUGUGUGUAUGUGUAUGUGUUGAUAGUCAGUCUGCUGCUCUUGAUUGCAAUGAUUGAAUCAGAUGGACGGACACUUGGCCACUCUGGACUGGUCAGCGUUCAUUUCAC